UCUUUCCGCCAUUGGAGGUUGCUUCGUAGUCCAGGAAACUUCCCGCAUUGCUGUUCAUCAUCUUCUUCCUCAAUCUGUUGUUUCGAUCUUUGGGUAGUGAUGGGAACGAGCCGUUGUAAAGCGAUGGAGUUAUUGCCUCUGCUGCUCUGCUCCGUCGUCCUGUUUUCUUCGGUGGUGUCAUGCGAGGAAAAGCUUGUCAGAAUUGGGCUGAAGAAGCUCAGAUUUGAUCAGAAUAACCGAGUAGCUGCUAGGCUGGAGGCCGGUCAUGCUCGCGAGGGACUGCGAGCUGCGCUUAACAGGAAGUAUGGCGGCCUGCUGGGCGACAAGGGUGAUCCACGAGACACCGACAUUGUGGCUCUGAAGAACUACUUGGAUGCUCAGUAUUAUGGUGAGAUUGGUGUGGGCACUCCUCCCCAGAAGUUCACUGUUAUAUUUGAUACUGGUAGCUCUAACUUGUGGGUGCCUUCCGCUAAAUGCUACUUCUCUGUCUCGUGUUUUCUCCAUGCCAAGUACAAGUCUAGCCAGUCUAGUACCUACCAGAAAAAUGGCAAGAGUGCUGAGAUUCAGUAUGGUACUGGAGCUAUUGCCGGGUUUUUUAGUGUUGACCACGUCAAAGUUGGUAAACUGGUAGUCAAAGAUCAGGACUUUAUUGAGGCAACGAGGGAGCCUGGUGUUACCUUCUUGAUGGCGAAGUUUGAUGGUAUUUUGGGGCUUGGAUUUCGUGAGAUCUCAGUGGGAGAUGCUGUUCCCGUCUGGGACAACAUGAUGAAACAAGGCCUUAUCAAGGAGCCUGUAUUUUCCUUCUGGCUAAACCGCCAUGUGGAUGAAGAGGAAGGUGGUGAGAUUGUGUUCGGAGGUGUUGAUCCAAAUCAUUUCAAAGGAAAGCACACUUAUGUUCCCGUGACUCAGAAAGGUUAUUGGCAGUUUGACAUGGGAGAUGUUAUCAUUGGCGGCAAACCCACUGGUUAUUGCGGACGUGGUUGUUCAGCAAUAGCAGAUUCAGGAACUUCCCUGCUGGCAGGUCCAACGACUGUGGUUGCCAUGAUAAAUAAAGCAAUUGGAGCUUCUGGAGUUGUUAGCCAGCAAUGCAAGACUGUCGUUUCACAGUAUGGACAAACCAUCCUUGAUUUGCUAAUGGCUGAGGCUGGACCAAAGAAGAUCUGCUCUCAAAUUGGGCUCUGCACAUUCGAUGGAACCAAAAGUGUGAGCAUGGGCAUCGAGAGUGUUGUGAAUGAAGGCGAUGAGAGGUCAUCUGGAGCUGUCAAUGAUGCCAUGUGCUCCGCAUGUGAAAUGGCAGUUGUUUGGAUGCAGAACCAGGUGAUGCAGAAUCAGACACAAGAACGCAUUCUGCAAUACGUUGAUGAGCUCUGUGAUCGAAUGCCGAAUCCUAUGGGAGAAUCUGCCGUCGAAUGUGGAAGCGUUUCUUCCAUGCCAACUGUUUCCUUCACCAUCGGAGGCAAAGUUUUCGACCUCCGACCACAAGAGUACAUUUUGAAGGUGGGCGAGGGCACAGCUGCUCAGUGCAUCAGUGGGUUUACUGCGUUGGACAUUCCUCCUCCGAGAGGCCCUCUCUGGAUACUGGGAGAUGUUUUCAUGGGACGCUACCACACGGUGUUUGACUACGGGAACAUGCAAGUCGGAUUCGCAGAAGCGGCUUAACAGUGUAACUGCUAGUCCGCGCUUAUGUAGUAGUAUUGAAAGUUGUUGCUGGCUUGUUGAACUGUGUAAUAAAGUUUAAGGGUUUCAAUCCACCCGUGUAAAGAAACCACUUAAUCAGCUGAGAGUUUGAGUAUGUGCAAUGUAAAUAGUGCCAUAAGUAUGUGUGUGUAUAGAUGGAGAGACAGAGAGUGCUUAGUCCCCCCUUCUCGUUUCUCUUUCGGUCACUUAUCAUGUUCAAAGAUGUCUGUUGCUUCUUACUUUUGAGGGUGCAAACUAAUCAGUCAGCUUGAG